GACUUGGAAAACAAAGCUGUGGUUGCCAAAGGGCGGCAGCGCGGCGGGCGGUAAAUCAGGAGCCCGGGAUUAACACGCACUGUGUGCGUGGUCAGUCAGGCCUGUCUGGCUCUGUGACCCCAGGGACUGUCGCCUGCCAGGCCCCUCUGCCCAUGGGAUUUCCCGGCAAGAAUACUGAAGUGGGUUGCCAUUCCGUUCUCCAGAGUGUCUUCCUGACCCAGGGAUCAGACCCGGGUCUCCUGCGUUGCAAACGGAUUGUUCACCAUCUGAGCCACCAGAGCACACCACUGUGUGUGAAACAACCAGCAGGGACCGUGUAGCACAGGGGGCUCUGCUGUCUCAUCGUGGUCUGAGGUGGGAAGAGCCUGAGAAAGAAUAGACGGGGGGUGUGUGUGCAUAUAUAUAUAUAAGCUGGGUCAUUUUGCUCUACACUUGAAACUAACACAUUGUGAAUCAAUUAUACUCCAAUAUAAAGUAAAAGUAAAAAACAUAGGUAUUGUGAUGUCUCAUAGGCAUAUUUUAUCUUUUAUAUAGGUCGUGCAUGCACAUGAUUCAAAGUUCACAUGGCUCACAGUGAAAAGUCCCUCAUACCCUGCCCGCUGGCCACCUUGUGCCCAGUCUCAGAAGUAACCAGUGUUAAGUUCAUGUGUAUGUUUCCAGAGACAACCUGUGGUUCUACAUGUAAAAUCACAGGCUGCUGACUUGAGUAAACCAAUAGAUAAAAGGAUAUACAAAGGAACACAGCCUACUUGUCAUGACUUCAACCACCUCACAGCCACAGCGGAAAGCGUCUCUCUCCUAGUCGGCUUUUCCGCAGGCCAAGUCCAGCUUAUAGACCCAGUCAAAAAAGAAACUAGCAAACUAUUUAAUGAGGAAAGACUAAUAGACAAGUCACGAGUAACCUGUGUCAAAUGGGUUCCUGGUUCGGAAAGCCUUUUCCUAGUAGCCCACUCGAGUGGGAACAUGUACUUGUAUAAUGUGGAGCACACUUGUGGCACCACAGCCCCCCACUACCAGCUCCUGAAGCAGGGGGAGAGCUUUGCCGUGCACACUUGCAAGAGCAAAUCCACGAGGAACCCUCUCCUCAAAUGGACGGUGGGCGAGGGGGCCCUCAACGAGUUUGCUUUCUCCCCAGAUGGCAAGUUCUUGGCGUGUGUGAGCCAGGACGGCUUCCUGCGGGUGUUCAACUUUGACUCGGUGGAGCUGCACGGCACCAUGAAAAGCUACUUUGGAGGCUUGCUGUGUGUGUGCUGGAGCCCCGACGGCAAGUACAUCGUGACGGGCGGCGAGGACGACCUGGUGACCGUCUGGUCCUUUGGAGACUGCCGCGUGAUUGCGCGGGGCCAUGGGCACAAGUCCUGGGUCAGCGUGGUGGCCUUUGACCCCUACACCACCAGCGUGGAAGAGAGCGACCCCAUGGAGUUCAGCGGCAGUGACGAGGACUUCCAGGACCUUCUUCACUUCGGGAGAGACCGAGCGAACAGCACCCAGUCCCGGCUGUCCAAGCGGAACUCGACCGAGAGCCGGCCUGUCAGCGUCACGUAUCGGUUCGGCUCCGUGGGCCAGGACACGCAGCUGUGCCUGUGGGACCUCACGGAAGACAUCCUCUUCCCCCACCAGCCCCUCUCGCGCGCGCGGACACACACGAACGUCAUGAACGCCACCAGCCCCCCGGCGGGCAGCGCCGGGAACAGCGUGCCCACGCCGGGCAGCGCCGCGCCGCCCCCGCUGCCGCGGUCCAACAGCCUCCCGCACGCCGCCGUCUCCAGCGCCGGCAGCAAGGGCAGCGUGGCGGACGGCGCCAUCGCCGCUGGGGUCAGCAAGUUCGCCACGCUCUCGCUGCACGACCGGAAGGACAGGCACCACGAGAAAGACCACAAGCGGAACCACAGCAUGGGACACAUCUCCAGCAAGAGCAGCGACAAGCUGAACCUCGUCACUAAGAGCAGGACGGACCCCGCCAAGACUCUGGGGACGCCCCUGUGCCCCCGCAUGGAAGACGUGCCCUUGUUAGAGCCGCUCGUCUGUAAAAAGAUAGCACAUGAGAGACUGACUGUGUUAAUUUUUCUUGAAGACUGUAUAGUCACUGCUUGUCAGGAGGGGUUUAUUUGCACAUGGGGAAGGCCUGGUAAAGUGGGUUUACUGUCAGCCCCAAACCAGGCCACUUCUCCAGGUGGGACUGUAGUGUAGCGACCCCACACCUGCUCGGACGUCCUCGCCCCGGCCCGCGUCUCAAGGGAGCAGCCGCAGCACAGCACCGGCAGCGUCGGACCUUAAGCAGCGCCGCGUGGAGGGCAGGCCGCGAGGAGGAGCUUGGUGGGCGCGGCGCUGCGCGCCCCAACAAGUUGUUUCCAUUUUUAAACUAUUCUUUUGGGGCUGCAGUAAAAAAAUGAGAAAUGAGGUUUUCUUGCUUUUUACUCUAAAAUUCAAUGUAAUUAAAAUGUUAUAUAUAUAUAUAAUUAUACAUAUAUACAUAGUGUAAAGUAAAAAUGUUUCUUGGACAAGAAAUCCCCUUAAAUCCAACUGUUUAUAAAUAGUACUUCACUGUUUCUGCACUGAGUAUUUUUAAUACUUUAGGUGAUCAGGAGACAACCUGGAAUGCACUCAUAAAGUUGUUACAAGUUGUUUCUUGUAAUUCAGGAAGACAAAUGCUGCAAUCAUAGAUUUUUAAAAGUUGUUUGCACUUAAAAUAGAUUAAUGCUGUUAAAAAGUUAUUUUGAAUAUGGGUGUAGUGGACCGCCAAGGUGUGGCACAAACAUGCCCUUUUUUAAUCUGUUAGCAUUUAUUUUAAUACUCUCGCUCCAAUGCAGUCAGCUCUGUAUUAUAUGUAUAAAUAAUGUAAGUCGGCAGUUGGGGAAAGGGUCACUUCAGUAAGUAAUUUUCAUCAUCUAAGAGUGAUAUUUCUAAUUCACACAAAGUUAAUAUUAAAGCUAUCUUGAAUAUA